AUGUCCGACAGGAGAAACCGAGUGACCAGAGAGAAAGCACCGUCUUUCCAACACGCCUCCAAAUUCGACAUAAAUCAAUUCCCGUCAAGCUUCAAGAAUGAGACGCAGCGACGAGGUCCUCCCCGUUCCGGAAGCUUAGCAGCAGCGUACCAUAUUGCGUCUAAGCAAGACAUGCCCUUCGCAACCAACGACCUAAGCCCACAGGCAACAACUCCUAGCCCGCGCCAGAAGCGACAGUCUAUGAACGCACAGAUCGACGAUGACGGUCACCUCGCGGAAUUCGUGCGCGAGAAUUCUUGGGAGACAAAACCUCGCUCCCCAGGUCGAUUGAGUCACUCGUCUUCUCGCGCCCGGGAGGCGAAUCGGGCAUUCGGGUCCCCAGAAGGCAAUUCCAUAUCCGGUGCUAGUCUCAACGGUGAUCUGGGCGCGUAUCGACCUCCCAGGGCCAGAGACUAUACUGAAGAUGAAAAACGACUCAACCGCGUUACGAAGAAGGACUCACCGGUCUUCAGCAGGGCGCAUAUGGGCCGGUCACCCUCCUUUACAGCGGACGAUCUACAGAGACGCGAACAAGAGGAGAUUGAGGUGGAGCAACAUAUUGUGGAGGAUGAUGGGGUCCGAGGUCCUUCGCUGAAUUUACCUUCCAGCUGGGGCAGUCGGGCCAAUUACCCUCAUGACUGGCAGAGGAAAAUCAGUCCGCCUAGUGCCUCUGAGAAACAGGAGGAAACUAGGCCAUUGAAUCGAUACGCGGCGCCUGACACAAAUGGAGAGCGCGACUCGACCACUAGGCCUGCUCGCACGUCUUCUCGUUCUCCGGUGCGGAACGGUCUUCCUGCUAGGGGUGUUCUUGAAGAACGCACCGCUAACUCUCAUAUUCAGGUUCCGAAGGAGGACCUGGCGUGGAAACAACCUGCGCCUAAAACGAUCUUCCCAACUGGUGACGGGAACCCCAUUGCCAAUAGCCCUGUCACUGUAUUCAAGAGUGAUGCUGCGUACGAAGGAUCGAAGUUUGCACGGCCUAGUCCGAGCAAGCGAGGCUCGCGAGAUUUGCUACGAAGGCUGUCCAGGGUUGAGACACCCAAGCCUGACCAUAUGAAGACUCCUCAGCCCUCGAACUUCUUCGGUGGUAAAAUCUACGAUCAGACACCUCGGGUAACUGGUGCAUGGAUUGAUACGCCCAUGACUGAACGUGUGACAGAUCGAGUGCCUGAACUCCCUGAGGAUUUGACUAAAGACAUUAUUCCUCCACGGACAGCUAGUGAAACCAAGGCCGCUGCACCGCCUGCAAGCCUAGCAGAACCUGUCACAUCGAAGGCCGAGGAAACAAAACCAACUGAAACCAACAACGGGCAGCCUCCCUCCGAGUCAAAACCCGAGAAACAAUCGAGAGCCCCAUUGCCUCGGCCUCAUCUCCCGAAAAGUGCACUGGAGACUGUGAUUGAAGAUGCAAGCUCUGGAAAAGACGAUGAAUUCGGAAAUGAUACCCUGGAGUCUCUCCGAGGUAUGAUGGAUGAUGAAGAUGGACCCGCUGAGCUCAAAGUCGAAGAGGAAGACGAAGAAGCCUAUGAAAAGGCAGUCCUCGAGAAACUCGCACAGUCGGAUUCAGCACAAAAGGGCCAGGUCGAUCUGGGUUCAGUUAAUGACAAGUUGAACUCACUCAUGAGACACAUCAGCGAAGUGAAGAAGGGACUCGAUGGCCUCGAAGGCCAGGUCAAUCGAGCCACGACCAUCUCGAAGUCGAAUACAGGGAAGAGCAGCAAACAGACAUCACACAUCCAUACAGGUGAAACAUGCAACGACUGCGGUACACACUCCGAUGGACGAGUAUAUGCCGCACUGCCUGUCCCCCGACUUUGGAAACGUAAUCCUACGUCUCGACGCCUUCAGAUGACCAAACUCGGCUGGUUUACUCUCAUUUCGCUCUCGUGGUAUAUCAUCGAAUGUCUCAUGUGCGAACACUUCAGCCGACCGGAAAUCACAGAGAAAUGCGAAGGCUAUUGUCUACGGCCUGAUGCACCUUUAUUCCCACUGGUGACAGUGACAAUGCUGUGGCGUUGGUCACAUCUCUCCGCAGUUCUCAUGCCUAUCUUUUCCAUCUGCGUUUUCGUUUUCCGACUGUUCACACAGGUACUGGGCUUCUCCGAUGGAUACGUGGAGGAGACUCCUCAGCUUGCGGGUCUUGUCGGUGAAAUUCGUAUUAAUGGGACACCUGUUGCUUUCCCCUGGCUGUCGGCGCCGACAGCCCAGGCUGUUGCCAAUGAACCUAAACGGUCUAUUGAGCAUGUGCGACCUGUGCAGUCUGUGUGGCCGCCUCAGAAUGUGUAUGCACAACAGCGGUGGGAGGAAGACCAGGGUUCGAUGGAUGAUGAUGAAGUCCUUUAA